AAUUGGCAACUAGUUGUAGCUGGGCUGUAAUGGUCAUAGUCAUCAAAUCGUUGAAACUUUUGUACGCAUUGUCGUGUUUUAAUCUGUUUAUGCUCCGUGUAAGUAAAAAUAACUAAGAAAUCAUUUAUCUUUGGAUUAAAGGAGUUUCGUCAGCUGCUCCAACAAAGGAAAAGAUCUGUAUUUAUAUAUAUGUAACCAGUGGUCUCCUUUUUAUAAUAUCUCAUAUUCAGAGUUGAAACACACAAAAUGGUUUUGCUUGUACUUCUCCUGUUAGCUCUUCCAUUCCUUCUUUCAUUUCUUCUCCGAAAAAUCAAAACCAAAAGAAAUCUUCAUUUGCCACCUGGUCCAAAGGGUCUUCCAUUCAUAGGCAACUUGCAUCAAUUUGAUAGCUUAAACCCUAAUUCCUACUUAUGGCAGCUUUCUCAAGAACAUGGUCCUGUAAUGUCCUUGCGUCUAGGUUUUGUCCCAAUCCUCGUAGUUUCCUCUGCCAAAAUGGCUGAAGCAGUCAUGAAAACCCAUGAUCUUAUAUUCUGUAGCAGGCCUGCUUUAGUUGGCCAGCAAAGGUUGUCGUACAAUGGUUUAGACUUGGCUUUUUCACCUUAUAAUGCUUAUUGGAGAGAGAUAAGAAAAAUUUGUAUGGUUUAUCUCUUCAACUCUAAUAGAGUGCAAAGUUUCCGUCCCAUUAGAGAAUUUGAACUUUCCCAUAUGCUUGAAAAGAUCUCCAAAUCAGCCGUUGCCUCGAAACCUAUAAACUUGUCUGAAGCCAUGAUGUCGCUUACAAGUACUAUAAUUUGUAGGGUUGCUUUCGGGAAGAGGUACGAGGAAGAUGGGGUUGGAAGGAGUAGAUUUCAAGAGUUGCUGAAAGAAGCUCAGGCCUUGUUUAUGUGUUUUUUUGUUGCAGAUUACUUUCCUUUCUUGGGUUUUAUUGAUAAGUUCACAGGAUUGUUACAUCGCCUAGAGAAAAACUUCAGGGAAUUUGAUGUUUUCUAUGAACAGAUCAUCCAAGAACACCUUGACCCAAGUAGGUCAAAGCCUGCAGAAGAAGAUAUUCUUGAUAUCUUACUUCAACUGUGGAAGGAUCGUUCUUUUAAAGUUGAUCUCACCUUUGAUCACAUCAAAGCUGUGCUUAUGAGCGUAUUCUUGGGAGGAACAGACACCAGCGCAGCUACUGUUGUUUGGGCCAUGACCUUACUGAUGAAGAAACCCAUGGCAAUGAAGAAAGCUCAAGAAGAAAUAAGAAAACUUGUUGGGAGGAAAGAUUUUGUAGAAGAAGCUGAUUGUCAACAACUACCUUAUCUCAAAGCUGUGAUCAAAGAAACAAUGAGAUUGCAACGCACAGUUCCCUUAUUAGUCCCAAGGGAAUCAACUGAAGACUGUGUGUUAGAUGGAUAUGACAUAGCAGCUAAAACUGUAGUUUAUGUGAAUGCAUGGGCAAUUGGAAGAGAUCCUGAAAUCUGGGAAAACCCAGAAGAGUUUAAUCCUGAGAGAUUCAUCAAUAGCUCUAUUGACUUGAAAGGCCAAGAUUUUGAGCUGACACCAUUUGGAGCUGGUAGAAGAAUUUGUCCUGGGAUUUUUAUGGGUCUGGCAACUGUGGAGGUAUCUCUAGCUAAUCUUCUUUACAAAUUUGAUUGGGAGAUGCCUGUUGGAAUGAAGAAGGAAGACUUGGACAUGGAUGUGCAACCAGGUAUUGCCAUGCACAAGAAAAAUGCUCUUUGCCUUAUGGCCAGGAACUAUGCCGGACCUUUGGAGACAUACAUAUGAAGGAAAAACUUACCUCGAUAGGAUUCUUGAGGUAUAUAAAAAUAAGAAAAAAAAAAAAUCGGGUAUUUAUAUAUUAGUUCCAUAUAUAUUUGACUUAAGCAAUAAUUUCCUUGGUAUGCAACCACUAUAUUAGAAGAAGUUGUAGUUAUCUUCUUUUAAAUAGUGUAUGUUUAUUGUCCUUGUGCUUCAUUUUAAUAAAAGAUAAGCUU